UUUAAGGAAAUUAGUGAAUAGGGUUUAUAAUUAAUGAUAAUUUUGAAAGGCAAGGUGGUAUUUGGAGAGAAGGUCACUGAGAAGAAGGAACAGAAGGGAUGUAAUGAGAAGAAGGAAAGAAGAGAUGGAAAGGAAGAGCAGAAGGAGACCCUUCCAAUCCUCCCAAGCCUAAACUCAUCAAGCCUCCUCCUUAACAAACAGCUAUCCUUCCAACACCUCUCAACUUCAAAGCAAGAAGAGUGGAAAAUUAAGCGGCAAGAAUUCGGAAAUGAAUUCAUCCCUUUUGAGGUCUUAAAGAUGGCAGAGAUGAAAGACCAUUUAUGAAGAAAGUGGGAAAGACAAGGGAGAGUUAACCCUGAUGGAUCUGUGGAGAAGAAAAAGGGUAGGAAAAGAACAAAUAUGCUAAAGUUUACUAAUUUAUAUGAACUUAUUCAUGAGCAUGUUAUUCCUCGGUGGAAGUAAAUAUUUAUCAAAGAAGUCUAUUAAAACUAAUAAAAACAGCGAUGAACUACCUAGGAGCGAUAUUUUAUGGAAAAAAAUAAUAAGAGAUGCAAGAGAAUUUUAUAGGAUACUCUUCAGGAUGAGAUUUCAUUACCUUGAUCAUAAAGAUGAAAAAUCCAUUGAGAAAUGCAUCAGUAUAUUUUUCGAAGAGCUUGGAAUUCCUAUAGAGCCUCACUAUUUCGAAGAUCCCUCAUUAUACAUUUUCUUACAUCAGACUAAAAGAAAGACUGAGAGUCGUCUCUUCUCUGACUCAGACAACGAAGUUUGGUUGUCUCCAUUCAAAGUGAUCGAAAAAUUCAACAGCCACUAUAAAAAGUUCUUCCUGAGCGACAAACUCUGCUCCAGACUUCUCUAUUUCGUCUACAUAAACUACAUCACAGACUACACCAAGCUCACCAACCUAAAAUACCAGACAACUCUAGUCACAACGAUCUGCUUGGUCCUCAGAUGCUACACUCGGAUGUCCAAGUUCAGCCAGCUCUCUCGAGUAAACUUAAUCACAAUCUAA